UGUCUCUCUUUGGUCAUUGUGCUGGACUCUUUCUCCACUGAAGUUAGCUUGUCGGGGGAAGAGGAGGAGGAGGAGGAAGAAGAAGAAAAAGAAGAAGAAGAAGAGGGAACAGGAGGGCUGUGCUCGCUGAUAGUUGUUCCCCCAACAUUUUUGGGGAUCCCUCCGGCUGGUCUGAGAGAGGAGGAGGAGGAGGAGGAGGGAGGAGGAGGGACAAGGAGCCGAGAAAGCGGGGGGGAGGCCGUCGCAGGCACCCCGCAGGCACCCCGCAGGCACCCCGCACGCUCACAAAAGAACCGGGCCCACGGAGAGGGCGCCCACGAAGGCGCCAGCACGGCUCGCCCCUUCCGCAUCAUGGCCCAGGCAGGUCAGCUCAAUAUCCUGGAGCCCAGCUGCCCGAUCCAGGUGGAACACGAUCGGAAGAGGAGGCAGUUCACCGUCAGGCUGAAUGGUUGUCAUGACAAAGCAGUCCUGUUGUAUGAGUACGUGGGGAAGAGGAUAGUUGACCUGCAGCAUACGGAAGUCCCUGAUGCCUACCGAGGGAGAGGAAUAGCCAAACAUCUGGCAAAGGCAGCUUUGGAUUUUGUAGUUGAAGAGGACUUGAAAGCCCACCUCACAUGUUGGUACAUUCAGAAAUAUGUCAAGGAGAAUCCACUGCCUCAGUAUCUGGAACGUUUGCAGUCUUAACACAGGAAGACUGCAGAGCCUAGACUACUUAAGACAUGAGUGAGCCCGGCCUCUCUUGACUGUCCAGUGCAGCCUUUGUUUCUGUGCAGACUUGGGACUCCACAACUACCAGUGCACACACUCAAGAGUUCUUAUUUUUGUAAAGACAAAUGUGUGACUCUUCAACAAUGCUUCCAGCUGGCUCUUGCAAUAACUUGUCUGAUCUGGAUUUUUCUUGGUUACAUAGGCCUUCUCUUCUAAGGACACCAUCAGGUCUCUGACUAGGUCUUUGUUAGUGUUGGGCAACAGAGGAGUGGGUGGGAGGUCAUAUUCUCCUUUUGGUUCUUCCUCGUCAAAGAAUAGCAUGAGGUGAAACUAUCCGGGACUAGACAUCAUUUUUCUUGCUAAUGUGGAGUUGGAAAAGCUGGAAAACCCACAAUCCUGCCUCAGCAAUGGUCUUUUUAACAUCUGGUUAGCCCCUUAACCACAUUUCUCCAUGUGGGAAAGCCAAUGAACAAUGCAAAAUGGCUAUUGCAUGGGCUGCACUGGGAGGAGAAGCAAAUCCCAGGUGCUAACUGCAAUAAAUACGAUGCUUUAGCGGCAAGAAAGCUCUGGUGCCCCGAGGUGCCUCUGCAGAUCUGAGAGAUACAGAGGCAGUUACGGCGUGGACAUUGGUAUAUGCCAUUCCCUGCACAAGGGAAUGGCCUCACAGAGGCAGAAGGGGCAAUUAAAUGAUCCAGUUGGUUUGGCAUGGAAGGCUUAAAACUCAACGGCACAUUUCAGAAGCAAAGGGCCUUGUGUUUCUUUUCUUUUUGGUUUUCAUGGGAUUCUUCUCACUCACUCCCCCUGCCUCUUCUCCUCAAGUGGUGGCUGUUUCCUCUCAUGUGGGAGAAGCAAUAACAAGACUGAGGGUGACAGGGGAAGGAAGGAAGGAAAUGGCAGGGCGGAGGGAGCUGUGUGAGGUAAACAAAUUUUGGGCAUUCUAACAAUAGGAAAGUUGGUCACCAUCAAGAGCCACUUAGAACCCAAAUGGAGGUGAGCCAAGGAGAAGGUGGGGGUAAGCGAACAGCAACUGACUUACUGGCAGAAAAUAAAAAGGCAGACUGGGAUUUGCUUGGCUACUUUUUCACAUAAGGAUGCAAAUGCUGCCCCCCCCCAAAAAAAAACGUGGACAACUUGGCUGGUUCUCUGGCUUGCCCCAAGCAGUGCGUGGAUGGAGAAAUGACACUGGAUAUUUUUUUAACCCUCACCUCAUCUCUCCCUCCUUAUGGUUACAUGGUAUUACUCCAGAUCCAAAAUGGAUAUUCCAUUUUUCUGUUUUUCCAAUUGAUUUUUUUGGUCUCUCUUUUCCGUAAUGCUGUCCCCGCCCCUGCUCCCUGCUCCCAAGUACCAGGCCUGAUAACUGCAUGUGUGGAGACUUAAACUUGGCUUAAGAUCUGUUAUAACUUUUUUUGCAAACCAGGCGAGGUCUCGGUUGCCAUAGGAAUGGCAGGGGCUUCUCUGUGUGUUCCAACCAUGUCAAAACUGCCUUGAAAUGUUUCCCUCCCUCGUCAGCUCGGUUCCUCGAUUAUAUAGCUGAGAGUUUCAGCAGAAAUAAGAUCCUAAGCCUAAGUGACUAUCCCAAGGUAAUGCUAGGGCUGCUGAAUAUUACUUUUUUCAACAGAAAGCUAUGUUGCUUGGUGCUUAUCAGUAUUGUCUUAUAAUACAGUGAAGCAGUUCUGGUAUUUGUGAGGGAAAUUAAUAUAUUCCACUGGCUCCUAACAUCUCUCUCUCUCACUCUCACUCAUUCACACGCCUGCCUCUGUGUGUCCCUCAAGUCAGUGGAGACUGGUGGUUCCGAUGUCAGCAGAGCAGUGAAUCCGCUCUGGGUAUUAGUCUGAACUUUCAAGGAGCUAUCCAAGGUGCUCAGCACCUUGGAUAGCUUCUUGAAGAUUCAGGCUAAAACUUGGAGCAGAUUCAUUGCCCUGCUGACAUUAGAGUCGUUAGCCUUUGCUGCCUCCUGCCCUUUUUUGGGUUGGAAAACCCAUCUCGAAAGGAAGGGAGCUAAAAUAGUUGAAUGGGCAUACAGGCAGCAUUGCUCACUGAGUAACUUCAAAGUUGCUUACUCUUCUGUAACUAUGGUCAUGGUCACACCAUACAUUUACAGUAUCUGUAGACCGCUUCUAACAGUUGUGGGGAAUCCUGGGAAUGGCAGUUUGUUAAGGGUGCUGGGAAUGGUAGUUCUGUGAAGCCAGCACCCUUAACAAACAACAGUUCCUAGGAUUCUCCACAACUAUUUGAAGUGGUAUAAAAGUGUUUUAACUCUAUGGUGUGGUUGUGACCAUAUCAUGAUUGCCAGUCCCUUUCUUGUUACCGUGGUAAGAUCAUUUUACUGGACCAUUCAUCUAAGAAUAUGCUGCUGGCUGUCAUGUGGAUGGAAGCAGCAAGGCCAUGAAUGCAAUCCUAGACCCACUAUUUUGUUUUUGUACACGUGUGUGUGUGUGUGUGUGUGUGUGUGUGUGUGUGAGAGAGAGAGAGAGAGAGAGAGAGAGAGAGAGAGCAUGCGCGCAUGCAUGCAUGCAUGCAUGGCUGUCAGAAAUCUGGCUUUGCACCUCCUGCUCACGUAUACAACUGUUUAAUGCGGGGAGUGUUGCUGCCUAGGGCGAAUACAGUGGAGGGCCUUUCAUUUUUAUUUCAAGGGAAACCUUGGUGAGAUGAAGGCUGGCCAACCCUGCCUUAAAAUGAGCUCAGUAUUUUGAUAGUGCUGCAGCUUCAUCGUGAAGGUGCUACAAUGAUCAUUUCAGCCUCUGAUCCAACUGAGAUGUCUUUUGAUAGUAUUUUAGUAUAACACCCAGUUUACUGCUGGGUCCAGCCCUUCUUUUCUUCCUGUGUUUUGAUACUAUGUUGAAUAGCAACGCCUACCCAUUCAAAACUGGUGUCUGCAGGAACUCAUCCCUUGCCACCAUGAGUGGGGUGGGAUGGAAAUAAUUUUUCUCUUGUAUAGUUCAGGGAUGGAGAAGCCAUGAUGAUCCUCUAGAUGCAGACUCUUAAUUCCCAUUUGCUCCAGCCAGCAGGGCCAAUGGUUAGGAGUGGUGGGAGUUGGAAUCCAGCAACAUCUGAAGGGCUACAGGUUCUCCAGCCCAGCUCUGAUUCAUCUCUGUGAUAGGCAUCUCCCUUGCAGCUUGCUGAUGGAGAACAGAAUGUGGGGACAUCUCUCUUACUGAUUGAAGGCACAGGGUCCAUUUGAGCUAUGACCCUCGAUGGGGAAACACAGGUAACUGAAUAACUUCCAAAUUCAUCACAUAGAAGGUCUAGUUUUAGCUUGUUCUCCAGUGUUUUCCACUCAAAGUGGAUAUAUUUUCAUCUCUUCCCUCCCUCACCUUCUUAUUCUAUUAAAGUGGUAAUGUGCCUUUCCUAUUCAGGACCUUUUAAAAAUGACAUUUCUGUUGUUGUUUGUGUCUAACACUACCCUUCCCUGUUCUGUCAUAUUAUUAUGGGAACCUGACCCUAUUGCAUGGUAUACAAUAAACAGUGUGGCUAAACCAA